UUCCAACUGAUUCAGUGAACUGUCUUUCAAGACCGGCUUUUAUCAGGUGAUUUGGUGUGGCUGUUACACUCAUCACAGUUCAUCGUCUGCUUUUGUAGGAACUCCAGUAAAACUUGGAUCAUAUUGUAUGGAGCAUGGAAUCAAUUCAGCUUGUGUUGGAAUCAGCCCUUAAAGACAAUCCCUACUUCAGUGCAGGCGCUGGUCUAUUCGGUGUUGGUCUUGGUGUGGCCAUGCUACGACGGAUGGGUCAGCUCUCCAGAAUUAUCCUUCGCCGCAACUUCACACAGACUCUGGAAGUGGCGAGUAAUGACAAGGCUUAUCCCUGGGUCCUCCACUGGAUCAGCACACGUGCCUCUACCAACGCAAGUCACGAUGCUUCACAACAAAGUUGGUUCGGUCGGAGGCCAGGUGGUCCGAAUCAGCACUUGAGCGUUGAGACGAAUGUAGUCCGUACAGAAGGUGGCAGGAUCCGGGUAGCCUUUGACUUUGUUCCCAGCACAGGCGUGCACUAUAUGUUCCAUCGACGUCGAUUAAUCCGCAUUGAACGAGUGCGGGCACAGCAGACCAUGCAAGGUGCAAGCGUGGCUCCAUUUGAAAGUGUCACGCUGACUACUUUCGGCCGCAAUACCCAGUUGUUCAUUGACCUGUUGGAAGAGGCUCGGGAAGCCGCAGUCGCUCGGGAAACCGGAUGGACUGUGGUCUAUAAAGCUCUUGGCUCAGACUGGAGGCAGUUCGGUUAUCCGCGUCCGAGACGGCCACUGGACUCAGUGGUACUGCGUAAAGGUGUAGCAGAGGCUCUGGUGGCUGAUGUUCGUGAAUUUAUAGAAAAUCAAGCCUGGUACACUGAAAGAGGAAUACCCUAUCACCGAGGUUACCUUCUUUACGGCCCUCCUGGUUGUGGCAAGACAAGCUUUAUUACGGCGCUGGCAGGUCAUUUGGAUUACAGCAUCAGCGUGCUGAACUUGAGUGAAUUCGGCAUGACUGCUGAUCGUCUGGACCAUCUGUUGACUCAUGCACCGCUCCAGUCGAUCGUGCUGUUAGAAGAUAUCGACGCUGCUGUGCACAGUCGCCAGGGUACAGUGACCCAGUCUAAAGCUUACGAGGGGAUGCCAACCUUAACAUUGAGUGGGCUUCUGAAUGCGUUGGACGGCGUCACUUCGACGGACGGACGUAUAAUCUUCAUGACUACCAAUUACGUCGAUCGCUUGGAUCCUGCCCUCAUUCGACCAGGUCGAGUAGACCUGAAGGUGCACGUAGACUAUUGUGAUCGAUAUCAAUUGGAACGCAUGUUUUCCAGGUUUUAUCCCAUCCCUGGACGACCGCCAAAACUAUCACCUGAUGCAGACUGGCGCGGAUUGGAUGAGAAGUCCAAGAUGGAACCUAUGACCUCUAUGGAAGAACUGCAUCCAUUAGCUGCUAAAUUCGCUGAUAGCCUGGUAGGAGUGGCGGUCAGUUCCGCGCAGAUUCAGGGAUACCUGCUCACCUACAAAGAGGAUGCUGCCGGUGCUUUAGCCAACAUUGAUCUACUGCGACGUGCUGGAGUGAAUCGGAAUGAACUAAAGCGCAGCUCUGAGCAGUCGUUUUCCGCUGUUUAGGAGACAAUUAUAAUGGUGCUUUUUUCUGAAAUGCAUCUCUUCAUGAC